AUGGCUGCAAAAGACCAGGUUGAGAGUUGGACCGAGGAGAGUUGGGGCAGGGAGGCGAGAAACUCCUGCCCGGAAUGUAGAGAGGAGUCUGCAGACCGCAGCCUCAGGGUGAAUCGGGCCUUGGCGAGACUGUCUGAGAAAGCUCGAACACUGAGCCUGAAUCUCAAAGGGAAGAAAAGUAAACUUCACUGCGAGGAACAUCAGGAAGAACUGAAGCUGUUUUGUGAAACGGACAAGAAACUGAUCUGUUUGAUUUGCACAACUGCGGGGGAACACAAGUCUCACAGCUUAAUGCUGAUAGAUGAAGCAAUUGAAUUCUACAAGGAACAGGUGGAAUCUUCUUUCGAAUCUCUCACAGAAAAGGUAUCAGAGAUCGAGAAGCUGGAGCAGGAACAGAAAGAGAGCAUUUCUGGAGUUCAGGAAGAGUCACACAACCUUCAGUCACUGAUCACAUCCCAGUUUGAUGAACUGCACCAGAUUCUCACUGAGAAAGAGCAGUGCUUACUCGGAGAUGUUCGGGAAGAAGUGGCGAAGAUUGUAAAAACAAUGGAGAAAAAUCUUCAGGAGAUACAAGAGAAUUUAAAUUCCAUUCAGGAGGAACUCUCAAAGUUACAGGAACAGACAGACCACAAGGACGGCGUGUUAUUUCUGAAGGAGGAAGCUGGUCGCAAGAGCAGGGUUAGAGAUGAAACCAAAUCAAUAUCGGUGGUAUAUGGCCCGUUGCCCAUUGAAAACUAUGAUCGCACCUUUUUCUACAACAUGGCAUUGAGAGAAACAUCUGAUCUCAUCAAACGAGGUAAAACUGAUACCUUUCCCAUUGUUCUUUUUAAGACAUCUUUAUGCAAUAUUUAUAUGUGAAGAUUAAUGGUAUUAAUGGACUCUGGGGGAAGCAUCACAGAGACAGAGAGCGAAGUUUGUUUGCAGGUGAACAAAUCCUUGCUCCUGGGAGA